AUGGGAAAAACGCAAAUAUGGGAAAAACGCAAAUAUGGCAAAUACGCAAAUAUGGCAAAAACGCACAUAUGGGAAAGACGCAAAUAUGGGAAAAACGCAAAUAUAGGAAAGACGCAAAUAUUGGAAAGACGCAAAUAUGGGAAACACGCAAAUAUGGGACAAAAGGCAAAUAUGGGAAAAACGCAAAUAUGUGAAAAAAGCAAAUAUGGGAAAAACGCAAAUAUGGGAAAAACGCAAAUAUGGGAAAAACGCAAUUAUGGCAAAUACGCAAAUAUGGCAAAAACGCAAAUAUGGGAAAGACGCAAAUAUGGCAAAAUCGCAAAUAUGGCAAAAACGCAAAUAUGGGAAAAACGCAAAUAUGGGAAAAACGAAAAUAUGGGAAAAACGAAAAAUGGGAAUAGAUUAACUUGUGAACGCAAAUAUCGGAAGAACGGAUUUAUGGGAAGAUCGCAAUUAUGGGAAGAACGCAAUUAUGGGAAGAACGCAAAUAUGGGAAGAACGCAAAUAUGGGAAGAACGCAAGUACGGGAAGAACGCAAGUAUGGGAAGAACGCAAAUAUGGGAAAAACGCAAGUAUGCGAAAAACGCAAAUAUGGGAAAAACGCAAAUAUGGGAAAAACGCAAAUAUGGGAAAAACGCAAAAAUAUGGGAGAAACGCAAAUAUGGGAAAAACGCAAAAAUAUGGGAAAAACGCAAAUAUGGGAAAAACGCAAAUAUGGAAAAACGCAAAUAUAGGAAAAACGCAGUUAUGGCAAAAACGCAAAUAUGGGAAAAACGCAAAUAUUGCUAA